CAUUUAUAGUCCACUGGAGAGUUGCUGCUGGACUUGGGGUGUGUGUGUGUGUGUGUGCGUGUGCGUGUUUUGGGCUGGGCGUACCAGGCAAAAGAGUGCGGGUGAGGCAGCGAGGAGCAUUUUCCCAAAGAUCUCCUCACUCAGCAAACAUGUCACAACCAGGUGAAGGAGACGAGGAACAGCAGCGCCUUGAAGUGAAAGAGGAGGACCUCAUCGGAGCGAGGGACCAGCUGGGCACGAAGGGAGCAGUGAAGAGCAAGACGUUUGAAGUGAUGGAGGAGUGUGAGAAGGUGGGGAAAGCGGCCCCUUCGGUGUUCAGUGGGGUGAGAUCAGGAGCAGAGACUGCGUUCAACAAGCCCUCGGCCCGGCCUAGGAAGAAGUAGCAUCCAGUUUUGGCCAAGAGGUCCCGCUUCAUCCAUCCUUCUCAAAUCAGCGAGGCCGCAAAAUAAACAUAGGGAAGUAUUUUAGUGGUUGGAUUUAUGGGUGGCAAUGUUUUUCUCUUGUUUUUGUUAAACAUAAGGGUAACACGAAUGCUUAAACGCACAUUUCCAUCUGGGUAGCAACAACAAGCUUGUGUUUAACUAUAUUUUUGACUAAUUUCAACUCCGCAUUUGUAAAACCAGCACGUCUGUAAACCAGCAGUUGUGUUUCCGAAAGGUUUCGACUAGACUUUGCUGAUGCUCGCCGUCGUCUCUCUUGAACCACCGAGAGCAACGGAGUAGCAGUUGUCAACUGCCCCCAAAGGAGUAAUAACAUGCAAAAUAGCGAGCACUCCAUGGGAAAAAAUGUGCGACUGAAAACCUAUUUAUACCCUGCAUAGCUGCAUGAUUAGACGCUGGGAUGACAUAACGCUAUGUCCCUUCUGUGAGCUCAUCAAUAAACCCUUAAGACACUACGUAAACACA